AAGAAGACAGCUUUGGAAAUUGAUGCCCAACCCACAAUAGAGGCUUCCUAUUUCAGUUGGAAGCGAAAUGAUUUACUAAAACAAUUGCAUUGCAGAUUCAGUUGGUUAAUUGUUAGAUAUGGAGCUACACACUUCCCACUGCGCUGCCCUUGUCCUUGUUUUGGUCAUCUGCAAUCGAAUCUAUGAGGCACAAGCGACAGAGACAAAAGAUACAGAGGCCAUACUUGAUGGCAUCAUUACAAUCAACAAAGAAAAUGGGAUUCUCAUGAAACCGGAUUCAACUGGCGACGAUGGCGGUGUAUUUGAGGGAGAUAUUCUGUUGCAUAGGCGAACAAAAGAUAUAGUGUUUCGAGGCCAAAGACCUCUCGGGUUCGGUGCUACGGGAUUUGUUGAGGAUCUGUGGCCAAACCGCACAGUAUAUUACACAGUCGCGGACGAAAUCAUGAAAGAAGAAGGUGGGCAAACCCUAUCAGCAAUCAAGGCUGCAAUUAACGAUAUCAAUACGAAGACCUGCAUCCAAAUAAAGCCUCGAACAACUGAACCUAGCUACGUACACUUUUUAAAAGGUGGAGGGUGUUGGUCAUUAAUUGGUCGUGUUGGUGGAAAACAGCAAAUUUCAGUUGGAUCCGGAUGCGGACACAAAGGUGUUGUCAUUCAUGAGUUGAUGCAUGCAAUUGGGUUUUGGCAUGAACAGAGUCGACCAGAUCGUGAUAAAUACGUAAAAGUCAUAUACGAGAAUGUUUUGGAUGGAUAUUCAAGUCAGUUUAAAAAAUAUGACAAAGGAGAAAUAGACUCUCUUGGUUCUCCAUAUGACUACAAUUCUGUGAUGCAUUAUGGCCCCAGAGCUUUUUCAAAGAAUGGACGUGAUACGAUUGAACUUGUCAAUGCUACCUUUCCAGUGAAGUUAGGCCAGCGAAGUGGACUUAGUGAUACAGACAUCAAGCAGAUCGCAUUGCUCUACAAGUGCAAAGAAGAUCCCAUUGAUGGAAAGUAUGGUGCUUGGUCUGAAUGGCUUCCUUGUGACGUUUCGUGUGGUGGGGGAAUACAGAUUAGGUCACGUUCUUGCAACAACCCUGCGCCAAAAUCUGGUGGCAAGUACUGCGAAGGCGUAGCAGUGGAGAGUCGUGAAUGCAACAAAUUUGCAUGUACCGCUAGCUGUGAUUUCGAAAGUGGCCUUUGCACGUGGUCAAACCUUAAUGAUGACAAUUUCGAUUGGCAAAGAACGAAAGGAAGAACACCAUCGCCCUACACGGGACCUCCCUUUGAUCACACAAAAGGAAAUGAAAACGGGUUUUAUCUGUUCGUUGAAUCCAGCUCACCUAGAAGUGAAGGCGAUAUCGCGAAAAUCUCGUCCCCAGCUCUCCAAGGUAGCCAGAGGCCGCGGUGUUUUGCGUUCUGGUACUGCAUGCAUGGCAAUACAAUUGGAUCAAUCGCCGUGCAACUGGAAGUUGAGGGUAUCAGAACUACUGUCUGGUCUCUUUUCGGUGAUCAGGGAAACUCAUGGUUCCUUGGGACGCUUCCAUUGCCAGUCUUUAGCGGAACGUAUAAGGUUAUUAUUUCUGGUACAAUCGGCAAAGACUUUCGUAGUGAUGCAGCCAUCGAUGAUAUCGUAAUCUCUGAUAAUGCUUGCUUGGUUUUUCCACCAGUAGCAGCCAAACCACCAACCACCAAUGCACCAGUUGUGACGACGUCUUCUGCGCCAAAAACCUCACCAUCUACAGAGAAAACAACCACUACAAAAAAGUUGAUCGUCACUCCGCCAAUGCCUCCAACCAGAAAAACCAAUUUACCACUACCAAAAUCCGAAAUACCGCCUCUACCAAUUACCACUACUGUUCCACCAGUUACCAAGGAAAAUGUAACUACAAACCCCCCACCUCCGCCAAAAACUACAAUAGUUCCUCCUCCUCCGCCAAAAACUACAAUAGUUCCUCCUCCUCCGCAAACAACUACAAAGGAGCAAACAACCAAACCUCCAACAACAACAACUACUGCUCCUCCACAAACAACUACUGCGGCCAAAACAACAAAACCUCCAACAACAACAACCACUGCUCCUCCGCAGACAACUACUGCGGCUAAAACAACCCAACCUCCAACAACAGCAACAACAACAACAACAACAACAACUGCACCUCCACCGCAAACAACUACAGAGGCCCAAACAACAUAUCCUCCGCCACCAACUACAAUAAAAAAGCCAACUACUAGUACUGAGCCACCGACUACAGGAUCUCCCACCACCCUUCCUCAUGAUGAUCAUUUCUGUGACUUUGAGUCAAAAUGUGCAGCUUGGAAACCAAUGGACACCAAAAUAAAAUGGCGACGGGGCUCAGGGAAUACGCCAACUCCACAAACCGGUCCCUACGUUGACCAUACCAUCGGAGACCGAAGAGGUCAUUACAUUUAUAUGGAGUCAAGUUCGCCUGGCACACAAGGAGAUAUUGUGCGACUUAUCAGCAAGAAUUUCGAAGCUAGUGAAUACUCUUGCUUAUCUUUCUACUAUUUCAUGUUUGGAAACACGAUGGGUGAGCUAAAUGUUUACCAAAGGAAUAGUGUUGAUGAAAAUGAUGUGCUGCUAUGGUCAUUAGGAGGUAACCAAGGGCAAGGAUGGAAGCCAGCAAAAGUUCCACUCCCUGGAAAAAGUUUCCCAUUUCAGAUAAUCAUUGAAGGGGUGAUUGGCCGAAGUUAUUUCAGUGACAUUGCUAUCGAUGACAUGUCGUUGAGUAUUGCGAACUGUGACACGGUACCAUCUGGUGCCAAAAUAACGGUUGUCACUACCGCUUUGCCAACAACUGUUCCAACGACCACAAUGGCAACAACAACAACACAACCAAUACCAAAAGCUCAUUACUCCUGUGAUUUUGAAUCUGAAUGCAUCUUUUGGAAGAAUGUGAAAGGGAAGUUGGAAUGGCGAAAACGAUCUCGUGGAACCCCUACUAUUUUAACAGGUCCCAGAUUUGAUCACACAUAUAAAAGUGGAAAAGGGCAUUACCUCUAUUUGGAGGCGAGCUGGCCAGCAAGACGAGGCGACACUGCGCGUCUGCAGAGCGUUCCAUUCAAAGCAAGCGAAAUUUCCUGUCUGACAUUCUAUUAUCACAUGUAUGGUCGAACGAUGGGAACAUUGAAUGUUUUUACCAGGGCUGCGGGAGAAAGAUCAAAGACAUUGUUAUGGACACUAAAAGGAAAUCAAGGCCAGAAUUGGAUGGAGGCUAAAGUAUCCUUGCAGGACGUCAACCUGUAUAACUUUGUGAUUGUGAUUGAGGGGGUUGUUGACCGUGGAAUUCAGAGUGACAUGGCUAUUGAUGACAUUGUGAUGGCCAGCGAUAAAUGCAGCACGUACCCCCCUGAGGCUGCAGUUCAGUUAAAGACAACCCCAAGACCAACGACGGUACCAACCACUACCAAACCAGAAGGCAAAGGCAUCAAGAUUGAAGUAGUGUCUGAAGGCUGCGAAGAUCCGGUCGUACGAAAGCGGGCAGAAGAGAGAAGAAGAAAACCAAGAUAUGCCAUGCCGCAGUUCAGUGACUUCAACGAUCAUGAUUAUCAUGGUAAUGAGGAUGAUGAGGAUGAUGAGGAUGAUGGCGACGAGUCUGAAGGGGAAAACGAAGAAGAAGAACAAUCGGGCUCUGUUGACGCCACCAAUCCUUCAAGGGAAGUUUUUGGCGGCUGGUUCACACGAUUGGGGAGACGAAUAGGGAGACCGGGUCCAGGGCCGAAAAGAAACAAACCCAAUAGAGAAAAGAAACCGAAAUCAAAAGGAGGUAGAAGGCCAAACAGAGGUAAGAAGCCAAAAAAAGUCAAAAAGCCAAAAGGAGGCAAAAAGCCAAACAGAGGAAAGAAGUCAAAAAAAGUCAAAAAGCCAAAAGAAGGCAAAAAGCCAAAAGGAGGCAAAAAGGCAGAGCUGAGGCAUUCUUGUUGGCUUGCCAGAGCUUCGAUAAAGGUGAAUGGAAAAGAAUUCUCCCUAGAGAAAAAUGGCCACAACAUAGUGGCUAUUCACGCAGCUACCGGUUUGCCAUACAGGAAAAAGUCUUUCGCAACCCAUGCCAACAUUAACGCCGGCAAGCAAAUGGCGAAGUUUAUCAAUGGCUUGUACAAAGACACCAUUGUUGUCAUUGCCACUCAGAACACUGCGCAUAGCACAUAUUACGGAGGCGAUGCCCUACUAAAUAUCGGUGCGGUUUAUCCACUUUUUCCUAUGUACCGUGGCUCUUGGGCUCUUGUCGGCUACAAGGGGGAUCGCCAAGUCGAUUGGAUCAAACAAGACUCGAAAACCAAAGGUGCAGGACCAGCGAAACUUUCAGUGGAAAUUCAGCCCACCAAAGAAGAGAAAAAGGCCGUUGGAGGACUCCUCCUCGUUAACAGAAUUUAUUUCCCUGGGGACAAGUACCUCCCAGUUGAUGCUUCAAACAACAAGGAGCUGAAUUUUGGAUUUGCUGAUUUCACAAUUUCAUUUUGGAUAAAGACACGGCAUGAGGGCACAAUUAUUGCCAAAGUAGGUACAAUCUUUGAUGGUUAUGAUGAAUACAUGAAAAUCAUAUACAUUGAAGAUGGGGUGAUCAAAGUGCAGUUGGGUAAACAUAAACAGUCAAGUAAAAUCAGAGUGAACGACAACAAAUGGCAUCAUGCAGCGCUUUCGGUCAAGGCUUUCACAGUCCCAAACAGGGCAACAUUAUUCAUAGAUGGCGUGAAUGAUUCUGAUUUGAUUUUUUCGGCUGUUAAUGACUUCGAUGAUUACGAUGUUCGCAUUGGCUACGGAGCGAGAUUCUUCCCCGCGAAAUCAAUUUUCCAAGGCGAGAUGAAUGACGUUGUUUAUUACAAAGCUGCCCUGACUAAAGAUGAUAUCCGAAAGAUAAUUAAAUCAGGACGCCCGACAUCAGGAGCUGCAUUUUCAGCUCCAGAGCCACAAGUUGUUCUACAUCCUAUCCCCAAAUAAAAUUUUCCAAGGCAAGAAGACAGAAGACUUUUUUUAUUAGGGUUUUCGUCAUCUGUUUUUAUAAUGAGUCUAUAAUCACUGUUUACCAAGUGAAUUUGUAUUAGCUUCCAGUGUCAGCUUUCAUCUGUUUCAAAUUUUUAAA